GGAGGGAAUCAGGGAUAGGCUGAUAGCUGCUACUGUGCUGCGUUAUAGAGUCUUAGCGUCCGCCGGCGGCUGCUCAAUGGCGGAGACUGUGGCAGCGAUGAAGAUGCUUGCCUCCACUGAGCCCCCUAUUUUUCUUUCUCCGUCGCAGCAGCUGUCCGGUAUCGCCCGGACUGCUUCUGCUGAGGUCUUCUCGUCUUUGGUUCCCUCUUGCCCUACGCCCCCGCUAGAUCGUCUCCUCGUCGACGACGGAUUCGACGCUGAGCAGAUAUGGCAGCAAAUCGAACUCCUCUCCUCUCCCCUCCUGUCAUCCCUCCGCCGAGAGCUUAAGCGCCUCCAGCGCGAGCCCCCGUCUAUGCUCUCGGCACCGCCCAAGAACGAAGAAGGCGAUCACGAGGACAUGGAAGUAGAGGAUGGAGCUGAGGAGGCAUUCGAGGAGGAGGAUGACGAAGUAGAUGAGGGAAAAGCCUCCGAGGAACGGGAUGAAGAAGAAGAAGAAGAAGAAGAAGAAGAAGACGCUGAUGACGAGAGCGAGGAGGUGAAGGAUGGAGGAGUGGAGGAUAUGUUUUUAAAGAUCAAGGAGCUUGAGGAGUAUUUGGAGAAGGAUGAGGCAAGGGAAUAUGGUGCUCCGAAAAAGAAAGGAAGGAAGUCAGCUUUAAAGGAUGAUGACAGUGAUAAUAGUGAAGACGAAGAUGAUGAAGAUGAAGACCAGGGUGACUUUAAUUUUGCAGAUCUUGAAGCUGAUGAUGAUGAUGGAGGAGAAGAAGAAGCUAAUGGCGCAGAGGAUGCCAGAUACGAAGACUUUUUUGGAUCUAAAAAGAAAAGAGGAGGCCAAAAGGCAGGAGUUGAUGCAAAGAAAAGACGACGGUUAGAAAAAGUUGAGGUUCUUGGUGAUCCAGAUGACAUGGGGAUGGAUAGUGAACAGGGGGAUGAUAUUGAUGAGGAUGAUGAUGGUGAUAAUAAGACUAAGGACGAUCAGUUGCUGUCCAUCCAUGAGAAACAACUUCAGAAUAUUCAGGCCAAGAUUGAGCAAAUGGAGAAAGAAAACCUUGAAACCAAGUCUUGGACCAUGCAGGGAGAGAUUACUGCCGCUAAAAGGCCAAAGAAUAGUGCACUUGAGGUAAACCUUGAUUUUGAUCACAAGGCAAGGCCACCUCCUGUGAUUACAGAUGAAAUCACGGCAUCUCUUGAGGAUUUAAUUAGAAGACGAAUUAUUGAGGGUCAUUUUGAUGAUGUUCAGAGGUCACCAGCUUUACCACUGAAAGCUCCUAAAGAACUUAAACAGUUGGAUGAGAAAAAGAGUCAGAAGGGACUUGCUGAGAUAUAUGAGGAAGAGUAUGCUCAGAAGACAGGUCUUGCCCAUGUUCCUCUCUCCUCUUCAGAUGAACAAAAGAAAGAGGCAAGUAUUUUAUUCAAGAGGCUUUGUCUGAAGUUGGAUGCUUUGUCUCAUUUCCAUUUUGCACCUAAGCCGGUUAUUGAGGACAUGUCUGUGCAAGUGAAUGUUCCCGCUUUAGCAAUGGAAGAGAUUGCUCCAUUGGCAGUCUCAGAUUCUGCCAUGCUUGCACCUGAAGAAGUUUUCCAAGGAAAAGGAGAUAUUAAAGAAGCAGCAGAGCUAACACAAGCUGAGAGAAAAAGGAAGAGAGCUAACAAGAAGAGAAAAUUUAAAGUUGAGACAGCCAAAAGGGCAGCAAAGAAACCUCGAGAACUUUUAAAUGUCAACAAAUCCACAGGCUCGAAAGAUUUGUAAGGCUUUAUUGGAGGGAGAAUGUUUCCGGUGAGAUGUGAUGGUUUGAGUGUUUCAAACCCUUCUAGUUCACUCCGUACAGGGAAUCACGCCUGUGUUUGUAUGAUCAUUGGAGUGUGAUGAUAGAAAUUUCAUUUAUUGCUCGUUUGUAUAUUA